AUGCUUCAAGAGUACUUGAGAAAUCAAGAAGAGAGUACAAAGAAGAUGGAGAGAAGAAUCGAUUUCAUCCAUGAGAGCCUUGGAAACAAAUCUGAAGUCCUAUUCAAGCAAGUGAUCAAGCUUGAUGAAGACAUUAAGAAGUUAAGAGAGGAUCAUGAUCGAUCUUUGACCCUAGUUAAGCUUGAUGUUGCUUCCAAAUAUCAAGAGUUGCUGAACAAGAGCAUGAGAAUUGAAGAUACUAGCUAUGGCAAUAGCAAACAUCUUGGAUCAAUCUACAACCGCCUACAAGCCCUUGAAGGAUCAUCUCAUGCCAAUUACAAGAGAGAGAGGAGUCCAACACCCAACCACCCUCCCUUUUAUUGCAAUGCCAUCACAAGAAGAAGCACUACUCAAGUCCAUGAGGACAAUGAAGAAGAAGAAAGAGAGUAUGAGGAACAAUUGAAUGAUGAAGAUGAAGAGCAGAGCAUCGACAUCAAUGCUUCCCCAAAACAGAGCAUGGAUACACCUAGCCCUAAGACCCUCGUUUCUCACCAAGAAGUCAAGCUUCUACACUUCCAAGACUGGAAGCAAUGCAAAGACCAUCACCAUCUACUGAAGAAGAAGAUACUUGGCAGUCUUUUGGAGCAUUCUGGAGCAUAUGGGACACAAGGAGCAUGGAGGGACUUGGCACAUGGAAGCAGCUCAACUGGAUACGCAAAGGAAGAAGGGAGAAGCCAUCUUGAAGACCAGCUCGACCGUCUACUCGACCAACCGGUCGAGUUCCUCAACUCGACGAGCUGGGGAGUCAAAAUACACCAACUUUUCAGGAAGGCUCGAUUUCCAAUUGCCCCUCAUGGAGUCAAUCAACCACCAUCACCACCAUCAUCACCACCACCUCAGUGCCAGCAUGUCUUUCAAACAAGCUUGGCGCCACUACCCAUUCACCACUUUCUUCCACAACUGCAAGAGACACCUGAGGACAUAAAAGAGCUUUUUGAGAAAGCUAAAGUUCAGCCAACCUUCAAGACCCUCUACAAGAUUGAAGACCCAGGUCAAUUCUCUAUUCCCUGUCAAGUAAAUGGUCAUUACUUUGAUAGAACACUAUGCGAUUCUGGCUCUUGCAUAAACCUCAUGCCAACCCAAACCGCCAAACUCCUUGGCAUCACACGCUUGCAACCUGCUCAAAUUAGUAUUGGACUUGCUAACCAUACUAUAGCCAAGCCAAGAGGAGUUGUUGUUGAUGUUCUUCUAGAGAUUGGAGAUAUCAAGAUCCCGGUGGACUUUCAUGUCAUAAACAUUCAAGGAGGAUGUGACACACCAUUGAUACUAGGCCGACCCUUUUUGGCCACUGCUGGAGCUGUCAUGGACCUUCCAAACCGGCGAAUGUCCUUAGCCAAUGUGACAAGACAGUCUUUUACAAGACCAUACCAUUCAUCGCACCAAACAAGCUGUCUUACCUCAUCACUGCCCAAGGCCGCCCAAGAGAGCCACCAGACCACACUCAAGGUCACAAUGAGACAAGAACUAAAAGACUAUGUCUCAGGCCGUGCCCUUACCCCAUCUCCAACUAAGAGAUCCUAUCAGUCAAGCUAA